UCACUCCUCUUUCUCCCUUUUAAUUAUUUUCUUUAAUUCUGUAUUUAUAUCUAUUCAGAUCCCAACCCUACUCUUCUUGAGUAGACGCAGCAGCGCUGGCAAAAAAUGAGAGGAAUCACACUUAAUCUCAGCCGUUUGAUCAUCCACCAUGGAAUCAUAUGGUUCCACGUUCUCCUGCUGUGCUCCGCCAGUGAACAUAACACCACCACUGGAAAACAAGAGGACCGCUACGUGUUGUACUCAAAUUUUGAUCCGACGAUGGCCAUAGUGAUCGUCGUUCUCAUUUGCGCUUUCUUCUUCGUCGGAAUGUUCUCCAUCUUCAUUCGUCAGUGUUCUGAGAACACUGUUGUUGUUUCUAACCUCGCCAACGCUACUGUCUCCGGGAGUAGAUCACGGCGGGCUGGCCUUGAUCCUGCCGUGAUUGAGAAGUUUCCGGUUUUCGUUUACUCUGAGGUGAAAAAUAUUAAAAUUGGUAGAGAAACACUGGAAUGUGCAGUUUGCUUGAGUGAAUUCGAAGACGAUGAAACGCUGCGUUUAUUGCCUAAAUGUAAUCACGUUUUUCAUCCUGAAUGUAUUGAUGAAUGGUUGGCUUCUCAUGUCACUUGCCCGGUUUGCCGAGCCAAGCUCACGCCGGAAUCCGCUGAAAUUCCGAAAAACUCACCGCAACAAACAACAACAACAGAGUCGAAUCAACACGACUCUGUUCCUACUGUGACCGAAGAAGUGGCGGUUACCGUGAAUGAAGAGGAGAACAGAGAUUCACACCCACAGGUUAUUGUUACUCCAACCACGAGUCAGGCAAAGAAUCGGCCACCGAGAUUAGGAUUUUCGGAGAAGUUUCCAAGAUCGCAUUCGACGGGGCAUUCACUUGUUCAAGCAGGAGAGAACAUUGAAAGGUAUACACUGAGAUUCCCAGAGGAGAUGAGGACGCAGAUAAUGGCAAGCGCGAAACUGAAACGUGCGGUGAGUUUCAAUGUGAUAUUAGCAACGGAAGGUAGUUCAAGAAAAGGAUAUAGGAGCAGUGGAGAAGGUAGUAGCAGAGGAAAGCAAAUCGGCCGGUGGGCAUUCUUGAUUUCCGGAGGUAAUUCCUUCAAAUCAAGUAAGAUUGAAAACGAUGGAGAUUCGUUUAACGGUAGUAGAAACAUGUUGGCAUCAGUUAAGAAUCCGUUAAAUUGCUUAAAUGUGAGGGUUGAUGGAGCCGAAGAACCGUCCACUCGGGUUCGGCCUAUGGUUUGAUAAAUGCAAUAUGGGCUUGACAGCCAUUUUUAUGCAUAAUUAACCUUCUGGGGUGGCUUGCUUUGAAGAAAAUUAGCUUGGUAAUUGCAGAUUUAGUUUCUUUUUUUCAAUUUUUUUAAUCUAUUCUCUCGUAUCAAGUUAUUGAGAGAGGUUGGAGAUUGGAAUACGAGUGUAGCAGCCGAGUACUAUGCAUUCAACCAUUGAAGUCAUUUCAGCAAACAUUUGUUCUGCAACUUUGAGUAGACGUAAAGUUGGCCAUCAGCGCUAGAUUCCUGUGAAAUGAGAAAACAUGGGAACUCAUUUAAAGCAGCCGAAAGGAGAAAGUGCAUUUUGGGCAAUUUAGGUUGGCUCGUACGUUGCAUGAAGGAGAGCAAGUCAGACUUUGGGAAGUUUCUAAAUGAGUUUCAGAUGUCCAGCAGAGGAAAAGUUGUUUUAUUGUAUUUUAUUUAUACUGAUAUUAAUAUACAUUUAUAAUUUAUGUCUA